UGCAAGACCAUUUUCAGGGAGAAUUGGCCUGUUAACACUUAGCUGUUAUAAUUUGAAGGCUUUUUAAAGAUGCAUCUGUUAGAGUUGGGUCGAGAACCAAAGGGACCGAAAAGCCAUGACGAGUGGCAAUAUUUUUUCCGUCUGCCGAUCCCAUGUCGUCUCCUCUUUCCUCCUCCUUGAUCCUUGCGAUAGCAGAGUAGACAUAGUUGGGUUUGUGAACUUGUGAACAGAUUCACACUUUGAGGGAUAUCUAAUUCUGUGGGUUCAAAACCUUUAUUGACUCUCUCAUGGCCAGUAGAUCUGUACACAUAAUGUGUGUCCUGAGGCGCAGUGGAGAAAGUGGAGCAGGGGCCCGGUGUGCACGAGCUCUCUUCCUGUUUAUCCACGAAGAGAUCCAUGCGGUGCCGGAGAGAUAAAAUAAUCCUCCUGCCUGGGGGAGGGGGGGGGUCCUUGCCCUCAGUCCUAAUCAGUGGACCACUUUCAACACGACAUUCAUCAUUUCCCAACCAUAACGACACACCAGGCAUUACACUUGUGAUCCUCGUGUGUAGCCUAAACAAUAUUCCGCUUGACUGAGAUCAUAUUAUAGUUGUGCAUAGUGCACGUUGUCGUCUUAUGUAACCUCUGCUGCGAACCGUGGAGAAUGCACACACCUCUGCCGAAGGAAAUUACCUUCCGAUACAGAACCGCCGGCUCCAUGAUGUCUUCAGACUGACGCAUGACCGUACAUGUAGCUUCUCGGAGGGUGCACAUAACUUAUACAAAGAGCAGCCAGCCAAUGCUUAAAUACUCACAGGUCCACAUGUGCAGCAUUCAACCGACCAGAGAUCAAGAUUCAGAGUAAAUUGACCAAUGCACUGCGACGUUUUCCUCUCGUUAUGACUUCGAUUUCGUAAAGAUGUUUUGCAAUGCUAACUGGAUAAAUGAUAAUGAAUGCGUGAUGCGUUUUCUUUUGUGUGUGUGUGUGUGUUUAAUGUGUAGAUUGUUGUACCUUCCUGCAAUUGUACCAUAGUGUGUUCAUAUGGAUGUCUUUUUCAUCACAUUCCUCAGAAAGGAAGGCCAGUUCUUUUGCCCACCAGCCUGGUUCUGUCUUCAUAGACUGAAUGAAUCAAAACUCUCAGUAUAGUGGGACUGCAUUGUGUCAUGUGAGUGCAGACUAGACUGCAUUCCUGUUGUAAUAUCAUUAGCUAAACAUGCUUCUUAUCAUGGUUUUUUAUCAAUGCUGCCAAGUAAGUCCGAAGGAAUGCUCUCUCUCUCUCUCUCUCUCCCUCUCUUUUUCUCCCUCUCUCCGCUUCUCUCUCUCUGAACCUAAAGGGUUUUCUAUUUGAGCUAGUGAGAAUGAGAGGUCAAGUGAAGGUGGUCCGUUAACACCUGCACAUUAGGCUCUGUGUCUGUGUCAGCGUGUUUGUGUGAGAGAAAGAGAGAGAGAGAGAGAGAGAGAGACUCCCUCCCCUUGCUGGCUCCCAGCUCCACUUCCAGCUGUUGCUGCAUUCUUCCGCAGGUCGCGAUUGGCUUUUAAAAAACGUUUGUGUAGGUUUGGAGCGGUUGUGUAUCUGUAUGUGUGUGUCUGUUUCUGUGUGUGUGUGUGUGUGUGUGUGUGAAUGUGUGGAUGUGACAGAGGAUUAAAAGUAUCUCCUAUAGCGCACACUGCACAGGGGAUGUAUGCGUGACCCCAGCAUCGAAGGAAGUGACAGAAUAUCUUUGGGAUCCUUUUACUGCACAAUGACAGAAGUGUUCAGUCCUGUUUCAAUAAUGGACUCUGAGAUGAUGUUUCAACCAGAGUCAGAUCAAAUUUCUCGAGUGGAACCCAAGUCUCCGCAUCUGGACCUGAUUGACACAGGGAAGGGGCUGAAGGUCCAGACCGCUACGCCUCAUCUGGUGAGCCUGGGCAGUGGGAGGCUCAGUGUGGCAAUCACCCUGCUGCCACUAAUCGAAGGGGUGACCCGCAUUGGCCGAGAAGACGCUCCAAUUCCUCAAGAUAUCACGAUCCAGGGUGUUGGCAUCGAGGCAGAGCACUGUCUCAUCGUCAAUGAAGGAGGGGUGGUGACCCUGGACCCCUGUGGUCACCUCUGCAGUCUGGAUGGAGCACAGGUCACUGUCCCCACACCACUCACACAGGGUUAUUCCCUGUGUCUGGGUAAGUCCUAUUUCUUCCGGUUCAACCAUCCUGAAGAAGCAAGCAGAAUGAAGAGCAUGCUUCCACAAAAGAGCUCCGUGUCGGCUUUAGCCUACAACACAGACUAUUUGAAGUUUAGCAGUGACUAUAGCCAUGCGGUGGUGGGCGGCACCAACAGUGCCCGGGGCAUGCGAUCAGCCUCCGAGCUGCGGGACUUGAUGGACACCCUCCAGCGCAAGAAGAUUGCGCUGGAGAACAGCCUGAGAGCCAACGGGAACGCAAACCCCUCCUACUUCAGCGUAACACAGUCUCCUCCCACCACACCUGUCACGAGUCCUACCACAUCCUCAUCCGCCUAUCAGGAACAGGCCAGGCGGUUCUACGGCUCGGAUCGUUCACCCAUGUCUUUGAAAUCCGCUCACCCGCUUUCUCCUGGACGGCGAUCCGACCCCCCUUCUUCUUCUCUGGCCUCGCGCACCUCGGUCAGCCGCAACCAGGACAGCAUGAGCGAUGGCCAACGGCUGCACAGCACGGGCUCCUCUUCUUUGCUGUCCACAUGGAAUGGUGGAGGCUCCUCCAUCUCUGUUGACGGUAGCAAUAGCUUCAUCCUCUCUCGUCCUCCCCCCUCAUCGUCCUCCUCCUCAUCGCGCACUCCAUCAACAGGAGGCGCAGCCAGCAUGCCCUCAAGCCCCCGUCUUGGACGCCGUAGCUACGGCAACCAGGAGCCAGUGCCCAGCAGCAGACCCAGGAAAUAUUCAGCAGGCUCACUGAAUGGGAUGACAGGAGGAGCGCAGAGUCGCUCGUUGCCACGCCUCUGCCCCUCCCAAUCUCCCCGAGACAACAACAACGGCGCCUUGACAUUGUCAACUCUUCCCCCGCGCCGAUCCGAUGCUGCUGGCGGCUACAAAUUGAGCAAAGACUAUUACAACUACAAUCAAAAUGCCAGCCCUGAUUUCAACCAGAAGUCCAGCCAGCUUUCCUCCAACAGGAAUCAAAUUCAGUCCAAAAGUCAGGGAGAAAGUGUUGUGUCUAUCUCCCUCUCCUCCCCGAAGAACUUGCCCUCCACGAUGGCCACUAUCCCUUCCACAACCACCCCACCUGAUGUGACCAUCCCAUCUCGGACAGGGAGCUCCUCUUCUCCGCGUGUGGCCAAAAAACUCAGCCUGACCUCCACUAGCUCUGUGGGUUCCAUCGGCUCCACGAGUUCCAGUCCUCCAGAACUGGAGCGGCUGGCAAGCCGUGGAGCGUCCGCAGGAGUGGGCCUGUCUUUGGGGGAGAGGCGAGGGGUCGGCCUCGAGCUCGCAGGUUCCCUGGGGCCUCGACUUGGAGAGAGGAGGUCUUCACUUGGGAAGGCAGGGCUGGAACCUGGGAUGGGGCUGGGCGAGAGGAGGCAGUCGUUUGGAAAGGCAGGAGUGACCCCACCAGGAGGUCUCAGGGAAAGAAGGGGGAGCAUCAGCUCGCUGAGCGGGAAGGAGGAACUGACCGACUACCAUCAGCACCAAAAAGAGGAGAGACUCCGUGAGCAGGAGGUGGAAAGACUGGAGCGCCAGCGCCUAGAGACCAUCCUGUCUCUGUGUUCGGAGCUGGGCCGGUCAGCGAGAGAUGAAGGAGGCUCAGCCACAAGUCCCACUUCAGCUGUGGCGGAUCUCCGGAAGAUCAACCAGGAACUUGAGAAGCUUCAACUGAACAACGGCGACGGCGACGACGACGACGACGAUGACGACACACCAUCGGUCUUUUCGGACUCUUUCGCUACUAACGGAACGACCGGGAAUGGACACAUGGCCUCCCCUGGAUCAGAGAACGGUUACUACGACGACGAUCUGCAGGUUCGACGGAGGCGCAGCAGCGGUCACCGAGACAACAGGGCAGCAUCCCCCGCUGUCAGUCUGCGGAGCUUCGCCCCUUCACCUUCUCCACGUGCACAGAGGACCAAUGAGGCUUUGGAGGAUGCAGCUCGUCGCCGCGGACAGGAAAUGAGGCCCUCAGAGGAGGAUGUGAGGUGUGUGGAAGAGGAGAGAAUCCAGGUGCUGAACAACAUGGAGGAGCUGGAGCAAAAGAUCAAAGAGCUAGACAACCAAAUGGAUGAAUCUGCCCAGGAGGUGGAGCUUGAGCGAGCUCUGGUGGAGGCUGAGCAGGAGUCGGAGAUAGCUGCUUUCCAGCAGGAGAAAUAUGCUGUGGAAGCACUUCACAACAAGAUGGCCGACCUGGAGACCAAGUCCCAACAGGAGAAAGACAAGGCGUGUGAGUUGCUGCAGGCAGAGAAGGGCAGAGUAGAGAAGUUGGCUCAGAUUGUGUGUGAGCAGCGCUCCCAGCUGGACAGCUGCCCUGAGGCCACCAAGGAGCCCCUGCAGGAGCAGCUGGCCAGGGACUGUGAGGUGCUCGAUGCAGAGUCAAAGCGGUUUGAAGACCUGGAGUUUCAGCAACUGGAGAGCGAGAGCAGGCAAGACGAGGAGAAGGAGAGCCAUACUCAAAAGCUUCUCCGGGAGACCGCAGACUACCAGCGGAGCACCGUCACCCGCAAGGAACGACUGUUAACUCUGAAGAAGCAGGCAACACAGAUUACCCAGCAGGCUCAGCGAGAGAAGGAGAGCUUCUUGAAGGAGAGGAGCACCCUCGAAGCAAUGCUGCAAAGGGAGAAAGAAAACCUCACCAUGCUGGAAAGAAAAUAUGCUGACCUCACUGGUGGCCGAGGUUUCACUCUGCGGGAGGGCUAUGUCACAGUCAGAGAAAUCAAUGAGCUUUACUCACAGCUUGGGGCGGAGCCUAAACCCGCCCUUGCCCCCACUCUGGCCAAUGCUUCUCCUGAGUCCGAGGUAAACUCCUCCCCUGACGACGACACUCCUAAACCGGAGUAUGAGCAUUUCCGUUUGCUGGAAGAGAAGAAGAGGUCUGACGGGGGUUCCCAUCUAAGUGACACAUUACCCAGGAAGAAAGCCACCCCCAUCAUGAGCCCCCAGUUCAUGUGCGCUACACUGGGACGCAGCUACCCGACUAAGUCUCAUCAUCCCCUGGUACAGAGCACAAGUUGUGGCAGCAUUCUCCCAAGAAUCUUCUCCUUCCCCAACAAGGAAACUGAAUCUCGUCGAGUGCAUAAAGGUCAGCCCGGCUCACGAGCAGCUUCACAGAACAACGUCUACCUCGAUGCCUUCGGGUACCGUGACAACCAGGCCUUUGACACAAUGAGUGUGGACAGCACGGACUCCAUUGAAACCAGCAUCUCUGCUUGUUCACCGGAUAAUAUCUCCAGUGCCAGUACUUCAAAUAUGGCCAAGCUCGAGGAGAUGGAGCGUCUGCUGAGAGAAGCCCAGCAAGAGAAGAGCAGCCUCCUCGAAUACAAGGAGCAAGAGAUGGAGGUGAGAAACCAGGCUCUGGAUGAGGAGAGGAAAAGAAGAGAGGACCUGGAGAAAAGGCUGCAGGAGGAGACCAGCAGACGGCAGAAACUCAUCGACCGGGAGGUGAAACUGAGAGAAAAGCAGAGGGCACAGUCCCGGCCGCUGACGCGGUACCUGCCGGUGCGAAAAGACGAUUUUGACUUGCGCGCUCACAUUGAGUCGGCGGGCCACAGCACGGACACGUGCUUCCACUUAUCCAUCUCGGAAAAGACGUGCCGUGGCUACUUGAUCAAAAUGGGCGGCAAGAUCAAAACCUGGAAGAAGCGCUGGUUCGUCUUUGACCGCAACCGACGCACACUCACCUACUACUCAGACAAGCAUGAAGCCAAGCUGAAAGGAGUCAUCUACUUCCAAGCUAUUGAAGAAGUGUAUUACGAUCACUUGAAGAAUGCACAUAAGAGCCCAAAUCCUUCCCUGACCUUCAGCGUGAAGACUCAUGACAGGGUCUACUACAUGGUCGCUCCCUCUCCUGAGGCCAUGAGGAUCUGGAUGGACGUGAUCGUCACCGGUGCCGAGGGCUACACCCAGUUCAUGGUGUAGUGACGAUGGGCUACGACUCACUGGGGCUUUUUAAGACUACGUUUUCUAUCGUUUUGCUCUGGACUUUUCUCUGUCUUCGAAACUGAUUUUAUUCUCCUUCUUUUGUUGAAGAAUGAACUCAGUUUCCUGUCGAGAUGGGCUGGGUUUGUAAUAAUAUCUGGAGCAUUCAUGCGUCUUUGUAGGCAGAUGCAAGAUAAUAAUCUGAACAAUCAUGCAAUCGUGUUCCAUCCCAGAGAUCUAAAAUGUGCUGUGGUGCCUUGGAGUGAUUUCAGGUGUAAACACCUUAAAACUUAUAUUUUAUAUUAACUUUUUACAACCCAUUUUCUUCAGAGAAGAGCGGCCUGUGACUCAGCAGCUCCUUCUGUAGCUGUAUGAAGCUUUUUACAAACGAUUUUUAAUGAGGAGAAACUAUUGGAAACAGUGAUGAGUCAGUUUGAGCUCGCUGGUGUAUUACCACCUUGUCAUCGUUGACAUCAUUACAUAACAACGCUGCCAAGCAAAGCACAAACAAUUUGAACAUGUCAUGGAACAUGUUUUUAAGUUGACGAUAGUGAGGACACGCUCCGUAAUCAACUCGAAACUUCUCAACAACAACAAAAUUAUAUUUUGAGUGGCAGUAUUUUUUACAUGCAAUAUUAUCUAUAUUUGUCAUGAGCUACGUGCAUCUAUCCACAAAGCCGACCUGUCUCUGGUGAGGAAACUAUAAUACCAGUGGUUAAGCAUGGCCCGAGUGGUUUUGUGCGUUAGAAGCCCCCCUCCCCCUCGCCCCACCUAGGUGUCGGGCGGUAAGAAUGCAUGGUACACACACCUCAGAGGAGCUCAGCCAUCCAAACGGUGGAUUAUCUGCUGCUUUGCGCUUUUAUUAACACUCAUUCAAUGCUUUAGUGAAGCUGACUAUUCCACAUUAACACCAAAGCUGCUUUUACAUUUCACAGCCUACUCCACGCUACGUCUGAGUGCUGCAGUCCACUGAUGGAUGCAUUUAUCUGACCUCUUGGCAUAGCUUCUUGUUUAACUGACCAAAGAACAUGUUUAUGUGGUAUAAUGUAUAUGUGGUUACUCUGCUUUGACUUAUCUUUGUUCAUUACAAUAAGAUCAAAAUGCUAAAUGUUUUUAUAUGACGAGCACCUACUAAAGGAGCUGUUACAGUGGACGCUUUUUUUUGGUAUAAAUAAUUUUAUUUUGAUCCUACUGUAUUUAUACCAUUACCAAUGCAUGUUUCUUAAUUUUGUAUUUCUAUAUGAAUAAUAAAAAUUAUAUAUUUUA